UGCGCGCACGUCGCCCCGGGCCGCAACGUUAUCUGAUGCGGAGUGUGGGGGCAGCGUGGCGAGUGUGUCCUGUUCACCGAACGAGCUGGUGUCAAGAAGUAGUAUUCUGGGGGCAGAUUGACAGCUGGAGGCACGGACAUCUCCCACCUGAACAUAUAAGUUCAUCCACCAAGCCAUCAUGAAACAGCUACCACCCAGCACCAUUCGACUUCUUUCAAGCUCUCAGUCAGUAUCCUCUGUUGUUAAUGUUGUGAAGGAACUUGUGGAGAAUUCAUUGGAUGCGAAUGCAACAAGCAUCGAGGUCAAAUUAGAGAACAAUGGAUUUGACAGGAUCGAAGUGAGAGAUAACGGUGAUGGAAUCAAAGCUGUCGAUACCCCUGUCAUGGGACUGAAGCAUUACACAUCUAAAAUUACUCAUCACGAGGACCUGGAGGCUCUAGAAACAUAUGGGUUUCGUGGUGAAGCUUUGGCUUCUAUCUGUGCUGUGUCUGAGGUUAUUAUCACCACUAAGACCACUGUUGAUGAAGUGAGCACGCAGUAUACUUUGGACAGUGCCGGACAUAUCAUUUCACAGAAGCCUUCUCACAUGGGACAAGGAACGACUGUGACUGUACUCAAACUUUUUAAGAAUAUCCCUGUGAGAAAGCAGUUUUACUCAACAGUCAAAAAAUGCAAAGAUGAGCUGAGAAAAGUUCAUGACCUCCUAAUGGCAUAUGGCAUAAUAAAACCAGAUGUUCGGAUUAUUUUCACACACAAUAAGGCAGUUGUAUGGCAAAAAGCCAAGGUGUCGGAUCACAAAAUGGCCCUGUUAACAGUUCUGGGAACUGCUGUGAUGGUCAGCAUGGUACCCAUCCAACAUCAUGAGCAAGAACCUGAGAUUUUCCUUAGUGGAUUUCUUCCCAAACCUGGAUCUAAUCCUUCUUCGAUGAGUCUCACAAGCCCUGACAGAAGUUUUAUCUCUGUGAACUCCAGACCUGUUCAUCACAAGGAAAUAUUAAAAUUAGUCCGACAGUAUUACAGCUCUCAGUGCCAGAAGGAUUCUUCCCAUGCUCGUUAUCCAAUUUUCUUCUUAAAUAUCUUGGUUCCAGCCUCAGUUAUAGAUGUCAAUUUAACACCAGAUAAGACUCAAAUAAUGUUUCAAAACAAGGAAGCCAUCUUAUUUGUAAUUGAGAAGGUGUUGAUUUCAGUUUAUGGGCAACUUCCUCAACCUGAUAAACCAUCCCCUGAAUGUUUACCAGAAACUGGACUUGGUGGAAGUGGCGAAGUAAAUGACACUGGUACCUCAACAACGAGAGAAGCUUCCCUGGUCGCUGACACUGUAAAAGCUUGUGCUGAAAACAUCACUUUUCCUAACAAUACCACCUUUGAGGUGGCGGUUGAUGAACAGGAGAGUUCUGACAGAAACAUAGCUGAGACCAAGUCCAAGGAGCCACCUCCUGCUGAGAAUGUGCAGUCAACUUUUGUGCCAGAAUUUGAUGUGGCAUUGGCAUUAGAUGAUGACUGCAUUCUUUCCAAAAGUCAACCUGAUACUAACAAUGAAAGUGCUGGUCAUUUGCCCCCAGUACCAGUGACGUUAAGCGAAGAGAUCACCACUGCAAAGGAUUCCAGUGAACUAACUGCUGAUGAUUGGAGUAAGGGUGUGAUGAAAGAUUCCAUGGAGCAAGCACUUGCACCUGUAAAGCUUUUGAUACCCAACAGCGCAUCUAGUCAAGAUCAAAUAGCCUGUGAUGAAACAAAGCAACACAGCCCAACCAAUAGUAAUUCAAACAACCACUCGACUACAAAUUCUUCUAAUGUGGUGCAGGAUAAAAUUGGUCAGAUCACAUUAUAUGACUUGAUCAGCAAUCGCACUGUCAAAAAGUCUCUGCCAGCCUCUGCCCUUUUCAUGCAAGAAGUUCGACCCAAACUGUUAGCAGAGAACCCAAAAGCUAAUCUGCAAGAUGUUAGCAUGAAACUUGAAGAGAUGUGGAAAAAUCUGAAUGAGGAUGAGAAAAAGAAGUUCGAGCACAAAGCAGCAAAGGACCUGAACAGAUACAAUUUACAGUUGAAGAAAGCCAUGAACGAAAAUCCUCCUCACAGUGAAGUGAAACAGCCAAAAUUGGCCCAAUCAUCUAAAGUUACUAUGAUGCACAGACAAAAUGCACCACUUUCAAAUCAGCAAAUAUUGGAUAAACUUUUUCAGUCACAAAUCCAUAACAAAACCAGUUUGGAAAAUCCUUGUAAAGUGAUUGAUGUUCCAUUUUCUUUAAGUGUUUUAAAAAAACAACUUGAGCAACUUUCCAAAAAUAAUGAAACAGGUGGUGAAAGACUUCAUCUCAUUAAUUCCUUGACUUCCCCGAAUGGAUGGGUUGUUGCCUCUGAAAGGAAGCUGAUGUUACUAAACCCUUUUCGAGUGGAGGAGGCUCUGCUGUUUAAAAGACUGAUGGAGAAUCAUAUUUUUCCAACAGAAAUCCUUGAUACACCAAUAUCGCUAACUAGCAGCCAGCUUGGAGGACCCCAGUAUGUAGAUUGCCUCUAUAAUAUGCAAAAAGAAAAUUUUGCUAUGAAUAGGGUAAUUUAUCUUACAGAUCCCAGACUUGUCUGUAAUGGGUUCAAGGUACAACUAAUCACAGGUAACUCAACAGGAGAGCAUCAUUUGGAAAUUCAAGAAAUGACUCAGUGUUUACCUUUCUACGGUAUAUCAGAUUUACAAGAGAUUCUGAUUGCAAUUGUAAAUAAAAAUGCUCAGCAUGUGCACCAAUGCAGACCUUUAAAGAUUGUAAAUUAUUUGGAGGGAGAGGCUGUUCGCCUGGCUCGACAGUUGCCGCUCAGAUUUUCAAGGGAAGACAUAGAAGAUACAUUGUUAAGAAUGCAGCAACAACUGGGAAAAGACUGUAGCAGUUGCAUUCAUGGUCGUCCAUUUUUGCAUCAUUUAGCAAGCAUUCCAGAAAUGAACUGAUCAGACAUAACAUUUAGCAUUAUGCAACACAAUUGUUGCAACUGAGAAUAAAAUAAGGACAUGCAGCAAUAAUAAUUUUUCAGUCCAAGCAAAAAAAUAUUAUGGAAACAUAUGAUCCUGAUGUCUUGAAUCUGAAUUCUUGAAUUCAAUAAAUACUGUGAAUAUUCCAUUUUCUAAAACCAAUUAGUUUCAGGAAAAGAUGAAUUCUGUCUGAAAUUGUACUGUUUUCUGAACAUGGUACUCUGUGGUAAAAUACAACACAUAUAUCUGAUAGAAUGCCCUACGCUUAAAGCAUAUUUCCAGAAUGUUGUUUGAACUAUGGAACAUAAGAUAAUUAAGUAAGCAGUAUCAGCAGGUCCAUAUUUCAAUCCUUGUGUCUUUGCUUUCUCACAGACAAUAAAAGUUGAAGAAUUUAUCCCUUCUUUCUUCCUUCUCAUUUUACCUUGCUCAAUGGAAAAAAUGAACACCCCCAUCUUUUCCUGAAUCACAUUGCUCCGAAUGAGCAACUGAUUUAAGAACAAGAGUGUCCUGGACCAGUUUGCUUGUCUGUCACUCUUCUACAUGUGAGAAGUCAGUGAGCAAGCUGAAAUCAGAAAUUCAAUAAUAGAGAAUUUUUAGCCUGCCUAGACUAUGGAUUAUUAAAAGAGAAGGAAUGUUGUAUUUUGCACAUUUAUAAAUAAAAUAUUAUUUCUACUGUUUUAAAAAUCUGAAUAAUUUUAAUCAAUAAUUGAGACCUUUGUUAAAAAAUUAUAUUAUUUCCUUGAUUGCAUGAAUACAGAACAGAAGGGGGAUCUUUGUUUAGUUAUAUUCUAGUCUAUUUUUCAUGUUUCUUCAUUAAUAGAUGUUUGUAACUGAAAUGGUUUAUCAUUACAUCCGAAGCCAAAGCAGAAGGGGAAAAAUACUUCAGCAGGUUGGGCAGUAUCUCUGGAGACAGAAAUUAGAUUUUGUUGUAGGUUUUAAUGAAUGGUCAUUAAACUCCGCCAUUAACCCAGUUACAAGCUGACCCUUCCCAGCAUUUUUCAUUUCUAUUUCUAAUAUCCAUGUUGUUUUGGAUUUUACCCUUAUCCCUGAAAUAAUUACUUUGGUACCUUUUGGAUGCAGCUUCAUGACUUAGCUUAAGGAAUGCACCCUGCAACAAAUGCAACCUGCAUUGUAUCCUCCCAAAUAAAGCGGAAAAUUCAUUGUUAAUACAUCUGCGUUAUAAGGGAAAUGUUCUGUCACAAGCAAUGAAGGUUCUAUUAAGAUAUGUCCAUCAUAAUUUACGUAAGUUUUUGAUAAUACCUCAGCAACACCCAGUGUUUGUGGUUCUUGACAUCCCUCUAAGUGAAUCACUGCAAAAUGACAUAAGAUAAUGGAGCAGAAUUAGGCCAUUUGACCCAUUGAGCCUGCUGCACAAUUUCAUCAUGGCUGAUCAAUCAGCCCCAAUCUCCUGCCUUUUCCCCAUAUCCCUUCCUGGCCUGACUAACCAAUAAUCCAUCGACCUCUGCCUUAAAUAUACCCAAUCAUUUGGUCUCCACAGCAGCCCGUGACAGCGAAUUCCAGAGAUUCACUCUUUUCUGGCUAAAGAAAUUCCUCCUCAUCUCCGUUCUAAAAGGACACUCUAUUUUAAGGCUGUGUCCACUAGUCGUAGACACUCCCACCAUAGGAAACAUCCUCUCUACAUCCAUUCUAUUGAGGCCUUUCAAUAUUCGAUAGGCUUUAAUGAAGUUACCCCUCAUUCCUCUGAAUUCCAGUGAGUACAGGCCUAGAGCCAUCAAAUGCUCUUCAUAUGACAAACCUUUCAGUCCUAGAAUCAUUUUCAUGAACCCCCUCCUUUGAACCCUCUCCAAUGUCAGCACUUGCUUUCUUGGAUAAGGGGCCAAAAACUGCUCAUUACACCCUUGCUUUUAUAUUGUAUAGUCCCCUCAAAAUGAAUGAUAAAGUUUGUCAAAAACACACAAAUGUUUUAAGAGAGGAGACAUCAUUAUUACAGAUGCUCCUACUUCAUUUUGUGUCAUCUACAUUCUUGGAGGUAAUAACAAAUUUACAUAUUUCUGAAUAUGUAUUUGAUACUUCUAAGGACUAUUCAGAACUAAAAUUGGAGAUAUUGUCUUCCCCAAGUCUUUCACAUAAAAUUGUGCAUUUAUACCUGUAUGACUGGAAUGUGUCAUUUUGGCAAAUGAGCUAUGACCUUCAAACUUGUAUUUCUUGUUUAC